CUGCUUUGUUGUUUACAGCUUUGGCCAAUGCUAAUUUGCAUCUAGUCUCGUCUGAUUAUGCAUGCGUUGUUUUUUUUUAGGCUUACUUCAUUUUGCAAACACACAAAAUAUAUAUAUAUAUAUAUAUAGACCAAUGCGUGUAAACAAUCAGGGCCAGGAUACGUAAGCGGUUUAGGCAUUUAUUCGAUAUCCAGCUUAAGGUCCAUCCAUGCACUAGUACGCUCUUUGUCCUCAUUAGUAAGACAAUUCAGCACACAAGUCGAACGACUUUGUCUGACUUAAUAACGUUUUUCCACAACGAGUACCACUUGGCUUAAUAGUACGCCAUUAAAAAUUACUAGUAAACUACUGAGCUGCACUACUAACACAGUCGUUCUUCUAGUUUGUCUUGCUAGUGAAUAAAUGUCCCUUUUUUCCCCCUCACUAGUGGGACAACCACGCGUUACUAGUGAGACAGAACUGCUCUCGUUGGCAACUGGGUGCUACUAUUACUACUAGUCACGUUAUAAAAUUUUACUAGUUAACCUCUUGCGCUUCAGUAGUAGUACUAGAAGUGUGGAGCUGUCAACUAAUGCACAGUUUUGCUUCAUUAAGAACAUGUAGUUGUCCGUACUAGUAUGUAGUGCCAUACUGGGUUAAAGCAUUUAAUUCAUUGCUAUCUCCUGAAUUUAUUAGCUAGUCCCUCAAUUAUCAUGUUAACUAUGUCUGAAUGUAUUUUUGAGUCACCUUGCCAGUUGAAAUGUAAAUUAAGCUCUCCCUACCAAGCAGUUUGUCGCGUGUAGCAUCUUCUUUUCGACUAACACUUCACACUUAGGAGAAGAACGCUCAAAUCAUCAUUCAAGCCAUUUAACCAUUCCAACCCCCCUUGGUCACAUGAUGACAUAUGUAUGGCACCACAAACAAAGCCUUCUACAGAACGGUUUGUUUACUAGUGUUGUCAAUGGGGGAGGCUUCAGCUUCUGCCACCCGCAAUGAGCGAAACUAUGGAAAAACAACAAAGUUACGAGGAGAUGUUCGCGCACAGAUACUCAUCAGAGGACCGAGAGUACCAGGAGUACGUGAGCAGGCCGGCUGAUCCUCCUCCAAUCGUGGAGGACUGGAGAGGUCGUGGGGGCGGAAACCAUCGAGGAAGAGACAGAAGGUACCAGGACCGUCAAGGGGGCCGUGGCUGCGGUGGAGGCCAAGAGUGGGGGGGGGGCCGCUCUGGUAGGGGAGAGCAUCACAGGCAGCAACAAGACAGAGACCGGUACGGGGGGCACGAUCGUGGCUCUCAAGCGAACUCCUAUCAGGAAAACUCCUCGCACUAUCAUAGGCCUCGUUAUGAGAGGUACUGAUCUCUGUUAUUAGGAUGAAAUCAUUUGUAUACGUGGCACUGUUGUGGCUGGCGCGUUUUUUAUUUGACGUUUGACCACAGUUUCAUACUGUGUCAACGAUGUUUGUAUUCUCAUCAUUUGCUUCGGGCAUACAGUACAUGGAAAUUUGACUUUAAAAAAAACAAAAUAAAAUACAGUGUUUGAAGAUAUUGUCUGCUAGCUGUUAAAUCCAUGAUGUAAUUCAUUACACAUUUUACUGAAGAUUGUAUGUGAACUAUUAACAAUUAGCAUGCAGCUUCAUGUGUGCUGUCUUUUAAGGUUGUCAAAGUUGCUCACUAUGAACCAUUAUGAAUAAAGUGCUACCUUGACUUA